CGUCGUGUGUGUGUUUCCGGUGGCUUUUGGCCCUAACCACAAUGCCCACGAUUACGCAACCUAUAAGAUCAAUCACGCCUCCACAGAAGGGAAGGCGCGCGGCUAGUGUAUCCUCGGAGGAGAGCUUCAUUUCCGAGGAAGAAGAAGAAGAAGAAGAAGAAGAAGAAGAAGAAGAAGAAGAAGAAGAAGAAGAAGUCCUGAUGGAGUCCGACUCGGAGCCCGAACCUGACAGUCCUCGCCACGGCAAGCAGCCGGUGGCGGCCGUGCAGCGCCGCCAGCAGGAUAGCACACAACCGCGCGCCCUGCAAAGAACCCGCCAGCGACAGAAACAGCAGGAAUUGCAGCCAUAUCGAAGGACUGGAGCCGACCAGGCCGCCGACGAAGAGGGUCAGUCCUUAACCUCCGUCCGCGGGAGGCACGGGGAUCUCCAGGCGAAGGGGGAGAGCAGUGCCGGCCAGGGGGUCCAGGAAGAAGGAAAGGACGGACUCAAACUACGGCUGGAUUUGAACCUCGACAUCGAGGUGGAGCUGAAAGCCCAGAUCCACGGAGAUAUCACUCUAUCACUGCUGCAAUGAUUUCUCAACGACCUCUCGCAGUACCGGCUGGGUUCGCCACCCAUCUAGAUUGUGGUACUGGGUCGUUUCUUUCCCGGACCCCCUUUUCUUCUCUCCAUCAUGUUACUUUCAAUUUCACGCGCCAUGGCAAUGG